UCUUCGACUCUUUUAAGAUUCCCCUAAACUGUUCUGAAAUCAAAUGAAAAAUGUGUCCUUUUUCCUUAGUACUUAGCAUCACGUCCAGUUUGGAUUACUUUCCUAUGGAAUAUUAGUUGUAUUAUAGGCCGUUCUCACUUUAUGUAAAUGGGCCAUCCUGCAGAUCUCUCUGUGUGAAGUGACUUUUACACAACUUGAACUUGCCCACCAAUACGAGGAAGGGAAGAGGUAGCCUAUGGGCACAUUGGAGCCAGAGAAGUGCCAACAGGAAGAAAACACUGGCUGGGACCAAUUUCUGGGGGCCAGACAUGGGCAUAGACAGGAAAGGUUGGGAAAAGGUGGUGCUCUGGUGGUGUUGGAGAUGGCUUUAUCCUCCUAAUAGCUCAUAUACACAACAGAGACCAAUAGAACUGCUAAUCAAUUAAGAGACGAUUAUUGAAGGCUAAAAGAAGACCAGAUUUCCAGCUACAAAGAAGAUUCUUGUCAAUGCAAACAACAGGUGUUUAUAAAUGAUCAUUGGAUUACAUUUUGUUAGCGAAUAGGAUUGGGGAGAAAGUUUAUUCCUGUUGAUCCAAAGAUAUAUUGCUAUAACUAAAAUCGAGCCUAUUACUUAGUGUCCUUAUAUGAAUGAACAAAUGUGUGAAUGAAUGAAACAUUGUUAAAUACUAUCUGUCAUGCACUGUGCUUGGUGCUGGGAGACACACAGAGAAAAAAAUGAGGUAGUCCCUCCCUUCAAGGAGCUUAUAGUCCUUUUUCUUGUUUCUUUUUUGAGAGACAAUUGGGGUUAAGGAACUUGCUCAGAGUCAUGCAGCCAGUAAGUAGUGUCUGAAGUCAAUUUUGAACUCUGGUCUUCCUGGCUUCACGACUGGUGCUCUAUCCACUAUCAUGGAGCUACCCCAAGAAGCUUAUAGUCUACACAAGUCUGGGUGUGGUGGUCAGGAAAGGGUAUCUUGGUCAAGAAGUCACAGGACAAUUUUCAAGCAGCAAUUGCAUGACUGUGGACUAUUCAAGCAAGGUUUUCCUGUUGCAGUGGAGCUGUGACCUCCCAGAGGUGGGCAUUCUCUCCAGUGAAGAUGCUCAGGACUCCCUCAUUCUCUCUCCACUGGGUUUUCCUCCAGGAUUCUCUGCCUGUUCUGCCUUGGACUAGAACGUUAGACCUGGACUCAGAAGGUGGGAUGGGGCGGAUCCUUUAAGCUUCCUAAGCCUUACUUUCUCAGUCUGUCAAUGAGGCUAAGAAUUGUGGAGGAGCAAGGAAACCAGCAUUUAAAGCGCUUUGCAGACUUUAAAGAAAUGCAGCCAAUGCCGGCUCUCAUCCCUGCGGAGCAGCCCUCUGUGAGAUGGGCAGGUGUUUUCCUUUCACUGUUGAGACUCAGAGGAGAGCGGUGGAGCAUCCGGGACCCCGGAGAAGGGGCCCAUCUAGCACCUCUGAGCCCCUUUCCCCUUUCCCUGGGGAGCUGGAGCCUCGGUGGAGAUGGCCGCGCUGCCCAGGUCCGCGUUCCCGUCCCUAUCUCUGUAUUUAGAAAUCGGAAGGAUCGUUGCCAGGAAAGCCGGGAGGCUACGUCAUUGAAAAGGGCUUUGAGAAAUGGACCAGCGAUCUACCUGAUAACCGGCUGGACCAGGGAGGAGGGGGGGGGGGCGCAGGGAGGAGGGCUCUGGCUUCCAGAAACCACCUCUCCCCAAUAAAUCUCCUGUCAGUCCUGCAACUCGAAAGGCAGCGAAGCUUCCAGGGCCACAGCCAACUGCAGCGCAGCCAGAGAAAGAGGCAACAAAAAUAGCACUCCAGGAUUCUGUGCGUGGGUGAGGCAGAAACCACACACUGGAGCACCAGCUUCCAGGAUCGUUUUAGAACCGGUGCGGAGCUCUUCCCUCGCGGCUCGCUCGCUCGCUGUCUUUUAAACCAGAAGCCUCGCGGCCCCAAAGCCCAUGGACGGCCCGUGGGCCCUGUCGGAGCCGGGGCCGCCGGGGCCGCCGGGGCCGCCGGGGCCUUGCGGCUGCGCGUGCCGGCGCCGCGGCCCCCGAGCAGGGCUCUGGCCGCCCGGAUGCGCGCGUGCACGGCCGGACGAUGGGGUGGCUGGUCGCGAGCAGCUGUUGGCUCAACAGAGAAUGCACAGCUUGAUCAACUCAGUGGAAGUGAAGUCAGAGGUUCCUGUGACCCUGGACCCCGUCUCCCCCUUGGACCUGAGGACAGAUCUCAGAAUGAUGAUGCCCAUGGUAGACCCUGUGCUCCGGGAGAAGCAGCUGCAGCAGGAACUGCUCCUCAUCCAGCAGCAGCAACACCUGCAGAAGCAGCUGCUCAUCGCCGAGUUCCAGAAGCAGCAUGAAAACCUGACGAGGCAGCACCAGGCUCAGCUCCAGGAGCACAUCAAGUUGCAACAGGAACUUCUAGCUAUAAAGCAGCAGCAGGAACUUCUGGAGAAGGAGCAGAAAUUGGAGCAGCAGCGUCAGGAGCAGGAGGUGGAGAGACACCGGCGGGAGCAGCAGCAGCUUCCCCCUCUCCGAGGCAAGGAGAGAGGGCGAGAAAGAGCUGUGGCCAGCACCGAGGUGAAGCAGAAACUUCAGGAGUUCCUGCUGAGCAAGUCGGCCACCAAGGACUCUCCCACCAACGGAAAGAACCAUUCCGUGAGCCGCCACCCCAAGCUCUGGUACACGGCGGCUCACCACACCUCCCUAGAUCAAAGCUCUCCACCUUUGAGCGGAACCUCCCCGUCCUACAAAUACCCGCUGCCUGGAGCACAAGACACCAAGGAUGACUUCCCACUGCGGAAAACUGCCUCAGAGCCCAACUUGAAGGUGCGAUCCCGAUUAAAACAGAAAGUGACAGAGAGGAGAAGCAGCCCCUUACUCAGGCGGAAGGAUGGAAAUGUUGUCACUUCAUUCAAGAAACGAGUGUUUGAGGUGACAGAGUCCUCGGUCAGCAGCAGCUCUCCCGGAUCUGGCCCCAGCUCGCCCAGCAAUGGGCCUUCCACCAACAUGGCAGAAAGCAGUGAGACGUUGCUCAUCCCACCUGCUCCACACCCAGAGCAAAUUGUUUCCCAGCAGCGUCUUCUGAUUCAUGAAGAGUCUAUGAAUCUUUUAAGCCUCUAUCCAUCCCCGUCUUUGCCCAACAUUACUCUGGGUCUCCCUGCUGUGCCAUCUCAGCUCAGUGCUUCAUCUUCCAUCAAAGACAAACAGAAGUGCGAGGCCCCGGCGCUGAGGCCGCCAGGAGUUACAUUGCCGGGGCAAUAUACGGGAAGCAUCCCAGCAUCUUCAAGUCAUCCCCACGCUGCUCUGGAAGGAAAACCUAACAGCAGCCACCAGGCGCUUCUGCAGCACUUGUUAUUGAAGGAGCAGAUGAGGCAACAGAAGCUGCUUGUGGCUGGUGGGGUUCCUCUUCAUCCUCAGUCGCCCCUGGCAACGAAGGAGAGAGUAUCACCUGGCCUCCGAGGUGCCCAUAAGUUGCCUCGCCACAGGCCCCUGAACCGUACCCAGUCUGCCCCUUUGCCUCAGAGCACGUUGGCCCAGUUGGUCAUUCAGCAGCAGCACCAGCAAUUCCUGGAGAAACAGAAACAGUACCAGCAGCAGGUCCACAUGAACAAAAUGCUUUCCCAGUCCAUUGAGCAGCUGAAACAGCCAGGAAGUCAGUUGGAAGAAUCGGAAGAGGAGCUUCACGGAGACCAGCCCAUGCAAGAAGACCGGGCUCCGUCCAGCACCAACAGCGUCCGCAGCGACAGCAGCUUGGGUCCGGACGACAGCCAACGGGGCCCCACCUUGGGCGCUGUGAAAAUAAAAGAGGAACCGCUGGACAGUGAUGAUGAUACUCAGCCCCAGGAAAUGGAAUCUGGGGAGCAGGCUGCUUUGGUGCAACAGCCACCGUUCUUGGAGCCCCAGCCUGGGCAUGCGCUCCCGACGUACCAAGCUCCACUGGCAAGCAUCGGCACGGAAGCCUUUGACCAACACCUAUUGGUCUCCAGGACCCACUCGUCCCCCGCGGUCCCCAUGGUGCCUCGUCCAGUGACGGAUCAGAGCCUCCCACGUGCCUCUGAGACUGGCGUGGUGUACGACGCUCUGAUGCUGAAACACCAGUGCAUCUGCGGCCGCUCUGCCCUUCAUCCCGAGCACGCUGGGAGAAUCCAGAGCAUCUGGUCUCGUCUGCAAGAAACGGGGCUCCUGAGCAAGUGUGAGAGGAUCCAAGGUCGAAAAGCUUCUCUAGAAGAAUUGCACCUGGUCCAUUCUGAUCAUCAUUCUCUUCUGUAUGGCACCGACCCUUUGAGCAGACAGAAGCUGGACGCCCGGUUGCUCCAAGGGCCCACAUCUCAGAAGGCCUUCUCCUUGCUGCCUUGUGGUGGACUUGGGGUGGACAGUGACACCAUUUGGAACGAGCUGCACUCGGCUGCCGCUGCACGCAUGGCUGUUGGCUGUGUCAUCGAGCUGGCUUCCAAAGUGGUCUCAGGAGAGCUGAAGAAUGGGUUUGCUGUUGUAAGGCCCCCAGGCCAUCAUGCUGAAGAGUCAACAGCCAUGGGGUUCUGCUUUUUUAAUUCGGUGGCAAUUACUGCCAAAUACUUGCGAGAGCAGCUCAAUGUAGGCAAGAUAUUGAUCGUAGACCUGGAUGUCCACCAUGGGAACGGUACCCAGCAGGCUUUUUACGCUGACCCCAGCAUCCUGUACAUUUCCCUCCAUCGCUAUGAUGAAGGCAACUUCUUCCCCGGGAGUGGAGCCCCAAAUGAGGUUGGAAGUGGCCUUGGAGAGGGAUAUAAUGUGAAUAUUGCCUGGACAGGUGGCCUGGACCCCCCCAUGGGAGAUGUGGAGUACCUUGCGGCGUUCAGAACCGUCGUGAUGCCGAUUGCCAGAGAAUUUGGUCCAGAUAUAGUUCUUGUUUCGGCGGGCUUUGAUGCUGUGGAAGGCCAUGCCCCUCCACUGGGUGGGUACAAGGUCACAGCGAAAUGUUUUGGGAAUUUGACAAGGCAACUAAUGCAGGUGGCUGAUGGACAUGUAGUGAUGGCUCUGGAGGGAGGACAUGAUCUCACUGCCAUUUGUGAUGCAUCAGAAGCCUGUGUGAAUGCCCUGCUAGAAAAUGAGCUGGAUCCUGUCCCAGAAGAUGUUCUGCACCAAACUCCAAAUAGAAAUGCCAUUAUUUCUCUGCAAAAGACCACGGAAAUUCAAAGUAAGUACUGGAAGUCGGUGGAGAGGUUUUCAGGCUGUGCUCUGACUGGAACUCAGGAACAAGAACAAGAGGAAACGGAGACUGUCUCUGCCCUGGCUUCUCUGUCUGUGGAUGUGGACCAGUGCUUUGCUAAGGAAGACAGCAGACCUGCUGGCGAGCCCAUGGAUGAAGAUCCAGCCCUGUGAAGUGCCAAGUUCCCCCUCCCUGGUAUUUCCUGUGUGUGACAUCAUUGUGUAUCUCCCCACCCCCAACCCCCAACCAAGCACCCUCAGACAUGUCUUGUCUGCUGCCUGGGUGGCACGGAUCGAAUGGAAUAUAAACACUGGGCACAGAGCACACACAGCAGCUUCACUUGUCCCCUGGCCGGACUUGAAAGGGCCCGAAAGAUUCCUCCAGUGUAACCACUCUGACUCUAAAGUUACAGGCCACGGUCCUGGGGAGGGACGGCCUCCAGCAUGUGGGCUCUAAAUGUGCCGGGCAAGCCGGGGCAGAGGGAAAAAGGGCCUGGGCUAGCCCACGGACUCGGCGCUCUCCACAUUAUAGAGACGGGGAUAGCCCUAACGGCGUUCUUUCAGACAUGCUGAAUUGGUUUCGAUGGGCUAAUUUUUUUCACAUGGUUUUAAAUUGUGUACAGGAUUUGUUUUCAGCUCUGAGCAAACAAGAUAACAUAUUGUACCUUUGUUUUUACACCCUCGCAAAUUCUAGCAAGUGAGAGGUCAAAAUUUUAGAGAAAUGGGGUGAGGGCAUUUUUAGCCUGAAAGCAAGUGCUACCUCCUUCAAAGGCCAGGUCCCCAAGGCGGUGGCUUUGUGGUAGGGCGCAAUUUGGGGUUUUCUUUUUUGAUUAUGCAUGAAAAAGAAAAUGUUUCUGGAGAAUGGAAUCUCUGUUUCACUCAUAUCCCACUCGAGGUUCUCACAGAUGGCAGGGCUCUGGUUUCUUUGGUGGCUGGAAGCCUCUUCCCAUUUAUUAAGAAUCCCUCUUUCUUCCAGUGACAAUCCUUUUGAGUCUCUGGUCCACAGGGACUCACAUUUCCUUUGAAAAGAAUAAUUUUUCUAAGAUGCCCAUCCUUUGCUCCACAAGUUUUGCUGAGCCCACAUAUUUCCAGCUGGUUGAAUUUUCCCCAUAGGAGCACCUUUUGGGCUCAGAUAUUUCUUAGAUUACAUUUCUAGUUUAAGGUAAUUACUGGGCUUGAUUAUUAUAUUGUUUUCUCAAAUGAGAGUCCAUAGAUUGAGCAUUGUUUAUAAAACUUGGGAGGAUUUAGAUGAGAGAUUCCUUUUGUUUUUUAAUCAUCGAAAUGUGUCGUUAUUUACAAAAUAGCAUCGGCUACUUGAUUGAAUAGUGGUUAGUAUUAAGUGAGAGCUGUGCCUUUAACCAGUAGUGGACCCUUGACCUUUCCACAUGUUGCCUUAUGGUCAGAAGGUUUAAAAAAAAAUUGGAAAUUCAUUUUCUGAGUUCAAAAUCAACUCGUAUUGUUUUACGGAGGAUAAGUUUUUUUCAGUAUUCUAUUUUCAUGGGCAGCUCAAUCACCUAAAACAUCUGAGGCGAAAUAUUACCAUCCAGGAUUCUUCUUGCUGUAUUUAAUACCGAGCAUUGCUUUGGAAACCUAUUGGUAUUCUUUUUGUUAAAUAUAUAUUUUCCUAACUCAAAGGAUAUAUUAAAGCAAUAAGUGAAGAUUGUCAUGCUUUUAUUCAGAAAUCUAAAAGGAACCUUAAUUUAAACAAGGUUUGAGGGAAGGCCAUGCUCUGAAAGAUAUGCAGCAAUGUGGUUUGAGUUAGAGAGGGCUCAAACCUGUAAAUCAAAGAUGAAAGGUUUCACUCAUGGAGAAUUAUAUAACUCUCUUUUGUUAUAGUCAGACUCUAUUUUUCAUGUGUUGGUGUGGGUUUUUUUAGGAUUACUAUUUUAAUUUUAAAGACUUUUAUUACAUAUACAAAAACUGCCGGAUACUUGGUUUAACAUCUUAGAAAUCCGAGCCACCCUUUGAAAUGGGUAAUCUGAAAGGGAAUGUAGCUCUGCAUUAGGGAAAAAUGGACUUAUAUUUUUGGGAAGCAAAGGUUAAUGUGGAUUCAUCACGUUGAUUACAUUUUUGUAAAUUUCCUCCCAAGUUUUCACGGAAAACUCAUGACACCCUUCUUAUUCAUCGGUUGCUGUUAAUUCCCAGUUAUCACUUCAAGAAAUGCAUUUUUAAGAGACUUGGGCAGCUAGGCCUGUAGCUUGAAAAGAUCAUUUUCCUGUCACAUUGUUUAACAAUUUUACAUCAUGUUUUAAUUGGAAACAUAAUUGUAUUCCUUUAAAAUUAACUGGAAACGGCAAAAUUCUAUGAUCUCUCUUCUGUCCCCACCAGACCUUGUAUUUUUUCAUGAGAAUGAAGAAAAAAGAAGUUUUGACAACCUCUUGUAAAUUAACUGGUUUGCAGAUUGACAUUAUUGCAUGUUGGCAAAUCCAAGCCUCGGAUGUCCAAAUCAUGGUGCAUUUGUAGAUGAAUCAUCUGUUGGCCUUGCGAGGAGGCAUUCACUGGCCCAGGGUUGGGGUCUGUGCGAUUCAGGGACAAGCAGAGAGAUUCUGUGGAAGAUUAAUCAUGGCUGACUAUAUUUCUGAGCCCAGAGCAUCACUGUAUUUUAUGCCAUUAUGCCAUUAAAGGAAUGGCUGCUUUGAGGGAUAGGAUAGAGGUUUUUGGAGAAUAUCAACACUUCUGAAAGCCACCAGACAUGGUGGAAAGUCACUUUCACUUGCUAGUGUGUUUUUCACACAAUCAUAUCAUCAUUGUUAUUGUUGUUAUUAUUAAUAGUUUCCCAAAGGAGGCUAUUCCGAAUCCUCUCUCUCUGAGUAAAUUUGUCCCCUCUUGUUUUGUCAGUGAAUCAGCCUCAUUCUGAUGGCCUCUCUCAACACGUGCGGUAAAAUGCCUGCACACACACAGCCAUGUAUACACACAUAUUGCAACAUACUCACCCUGGGAGGGAAGCUUUAGAAAUCAGCAGAAAUUAAUUAAAUGAUAAACCACUUAAUUUUUUUAACUUAAAAAACUCUACAGUGCUCAGAUCUAUUGUCAAAUAUUUUUAAAAAAACCAAUUUUCCAAAUAUGCCAGGCCUUUUUAAUGUGAAAAUCACAUGGAAGGGCAUAGUACAGAGAAAUGUAUUUGAUGUGAAAAUUGUAAAUGUUUUGUGAUUGUUGUUGUUAUUGUCGUUGUUCACAAUGAAGCUUAUGUAUAUGUGUGUGUAAAUUUUAAAUGACAUGGUUCAGUCAAAGAAGAGAUAUUUUAAUGGAUUUGAAGCAAAUAAUAGGGCAGAAUGAGAUCAUAUACUAAGUCAUAGGCUGAGAGAAUAUAGAUUUGAAGGCAAAGGGGAUAUUAGAGGCUAUAUAGUCUAAUACUCCUUCCAUCUUUUUAGAGCAAGAAACUGAGGCCCAGAGACCAAGGAGUAUGCACAAGGUCUUACAGGUAAGAAGAUGCAGAGCCAGGAUUUCAAAGUAGGGAUCCUAAAACCAAUGGAUUUGAAUAUCUACCACCCAGCAGAUUUUUGUAAAGAAUUUCCGGUCCCACAUCUAAUGAUCAGGAGCUAGAUUCAAGCUCUCAUUUUUCUCACUAUUCGACACUUGCCCUCGUUCACAUCUCUGUCAUAUCUAGGACAUGAUGACCUUUGGAUUUUACCUUCAUCUCAUCCAGAACAUGGAAACUAGAUGCAAUUUGGGUAACUGAAAAAAUUCUUACUUACUUGUUGAAUCAAUAAAUGAAUGGACUUGAAAUGAGGAUGCUUUCUAACACUAAGUGCUCAGGAAGAUGGAAGAUGGGCUCUUGCUGGGUCCUUCUAACCCCUUCUCUAAGAGCACAGCAAAACUUUCUUUCCUAAAGUCAAUCAUAACGAUUGAUCAAAUUAACUUAUCUCUUUACAGAAUCUAUAUGGAAAUAAAAACAAAAAUGCCCACGAUAAAAACCUUGGUCAGAAUAUCUCUUAAGUAGUCUUCUCGUACUUGUUGUUCUAGCAUUACUACUUAGGAAAUUUUUUUAAAUCAUUAUGAAUUUCUUAUUAAUUUCCCUUUGAAGUUUCCAUAUGGUUGUCAUUAUUUGAAUGUUAGAUUUCUAAUAACCUAAAAUACGAUAACCCAAAAGGUCACUAACAGGAAGGGGAUUCUCCCCAAGCUCGGAAACCAGCCAUUCUUCCAUAGAAAGCCUUGUCCCAGAGAGCAGCAUCUCUUUUUGCAUUCCUCUGCUGCCUAAAGAAUGAAAUCAUUUGGCCCUGCAGAGAAUGUGGGUGAAAAAAAGGGUUCGCGAGGGGAGGAACACACCUGUUGAACAGUUUUCAUAAAGAAGGCAUUUUCAUAUCCCAAAGAAAUGGAAACCAGAUGAGUUGUCCUGCCUAUUUGAGAAAUGAAGAGCUCUCAUCAUUGUCAUCAUUAUCAUUAGUGUCAUCAUCAUCAGAUGGCUAUAGAGUUCCCCUAUGGGAUGAUGAGCCCUGAUGAGGGAUUCAUUCCUGUUUCCAUCAUGCUUUCUGAAGAAUGGCACUGUCCCUAUCAUUGUCUUCACCUUCCUAGAAUACAAUACAAUAAAUUGAUAGAGUGCCGGACCUGUGCAAGGGAUUCAAAGGUAAAAAAGAAAUUGCCCUCCUGCCCUCAAGGAGCUUAUUUAUUU